GUCCCUCUUCCCUCUUUCCUUACUGUCCUUUAUUUGGUCAUUUGCCACUUUUGUCAAUCAGUGGCCAAAGCCAACAUUUGGAAUAAAGUUUUUCUGCUGUGCCCUGACCUUAGUCUUCGAGUAAAAAAAAACGCAUGCACGUGAUCAUGGCUGUCUAACAUUUGCCCAAAAGUCGCGUCCGAUUGUUCAGAUCCUUUCCUCGAUUGAAGACAUCAUUUCCUUGUUGAUUGAAAGAACAUUCCUCUUGUUCUCCUCUUUGCAAUCCCUUAAAUAAAAAAAACUUGAUUCUUUACUCCUAUGGCACACUGUACUCGUCUCAACACCCUGGCUUUUCGCCCUCAGUAUCUAUUGACAAAAUCAUAUCGGAUAAAAGUAUCGACUUUAUACAACUGCAAUAGCUCGAUUCGAUUCUAUUCGUCUUCGCCUUCUGCUUCUGCUUCUGCUUCUGCUUCUACUUCUACUGCAUCACCAUCAAAGCCGCAUUCUAUAUUUGUGCAGAACCCAUCGUUCAAGAGCACGUCUGCUUUGAACCAGUCUCAACAUAGUCCCCACUUUAAAGCCCAAACAACACAGCUGCCAAAUAUUAAGAAUCGCCUACCAAUCUAUAUUCUUGUGGGGAUUGUCGGUGCUGGGUUCUGGGCAGGAUCCAUCGCUGUGGCAGCGAACCAUCAACGGCAAGGGACUAGCAUCGUCCGUGGUACGUUGUUCAAUGUAAAGUUUGACAAGAAGGCUCAAGAGUUACUGGGUGAUAACAUUGACUUUACAAACAAGAGAUGGCCCUGGAUUUCUGGAACGGUUGCCCAUUUGAAAGGACGGGUCGAUAUUGAAUAUCAAGUACGGGGUGAUAAAGCAGAGGGUCGGAUUCAUUUUGUAGCCGUGCGACCUGCGAAGCAAUGGAUCACAACAGACUUUACGCUCACCAUGCCAGAUGGAACAUGUGUCCCUCUAGGCAAGGAUACAGUCUUGCCAGAGAUCAACUAGAAUUUAUUAUUGUUACUUAUUAUUACUAUUGCUAUUAUCACGACUGUCACCAUUAUUGUCCCCAGGUGUGUAGAACAGAAUUAAAAAAAAAAAAAACAGUGUCUUGCUCAAG